CCUCCUCCUCUCUCCAUACUCCUCCUCCUGCUGGUGCUGCUGCUGCCCGCCGUGUUCCUGAGCUGCAGCUCCGCCGCUCAGCCUCUCAUUGCCGAGCUGAACAGGGAGCAGACAUGGCUGCCAACCGGGUCAUCGUGUACGGAGGCAAAGGCGCUCUGGGCUCAACGUGUGUCCAGCAUUUUAAAUCUAAAGGCUGGUGGGUGGCCAGCGUGGACAUUGCUGCUAAUGAAGAGGCGAAUGACAACGUGAUUGUGAAGUUGACUGAAUCUUUCACCGAGCAGGCAGGACAGGUGACGGCGGAUGUGGCCCAGCUGCUGGGGGAAAACAAAGUGGAUGCCAUCCUGUGUGUUGCAGGCGGAUGGGCUGGAGGGAACUGCGGUUCCAAAGAUUUUUUUAAGAACUCUGAUUUGAUGUGGAAACAAAGCGUGUGGACGUCCACCAUCUCCAGCCACAUCGCCGCUCGCCAUCUGAAACCCGGAGGACUGCUCACCUUGGCUGGAGCAAAAGCGGCUCAGUCAGGCACAGGAGGUAUGGUGGGCUACGGCAUGGCCAAAGCUGCUAUCCACCAACUGUGCCAGAGUCUGGCAGCAAAGAACAGCGGCAUGCCGGCCGGAGCGGCAGCUGUCGCCAUACUGCCCGUUACCUUGGAUACACCGAUGAACAGGAAGUUCAUGCCUGAUGCAGACUACAGCUCGUGGACGCCGCUGGAAUACAUUGCAGAAAUGUUCUUUGGCUGGGCCACAGGGAAGGACCGACCCGCUUCGGGUAGCCUGAUGCAGCUUCUGACCUCCGCAGGAGAAACUCAGGCUUUGGCCGCUCAGUAGAGGACAGGGCAGAACUGUGGAAGGGGUGGGUAGCGCGGGGAGGGAAGUAAUAAGGAUGGGUGGAUGCUGAAACGAGGAGAAGGAGCACAAUGACUGCAGGCAGGAGGAGGGAGAGAGGCGGGAAGGCAUAAUGAGGUGUGUGUGUGUGUGUGUGUGUGUGUGUGUGUGUGUGUGUGUGUGGAGGUAAAGAGGAGAGAAAGUGACAGAGUAAGGAAGGCUCACAGGAGAUGGCCUCAUGGGUUUAAUGUGAAGGAAGGGAGCGGGCUUUCUUUGCAAACGUAGCCUCACAGCGCCAUCUACUUGCAGAACCGUACAACCGUUCCUCCAGCAGACAAGCCAACUGUGUUAAAUCUGCCGUAAUGGAAAUGCUGUUGACCAAUGAACCAUCCAGACUUAAUCAGAGUAUUCAAUUUCAUUUAGGAGAGCGAUGAUGUGAAAUGGGGCUGAAUUAGGAACAUUGCAGCAUACACCGUCACGCACACGAGGCUCAUUUGGAGAGGCGCGGGUGAAAGGAGGAUAUUUGUGAAGUCAUAAUGUCAUGAUUUUAACUAUAAUGGAUGUUGUUAAAACAGUCAUGUGGAAAACUCCCCAAGCAGUCAUACGUAUUGAUGGUUCUCCAAAAGG